CGCGACCGUCGUUCCGAACAGCCGUCCCCGCGCGCGUUACCGUCACCGUCCGCGAAACUCCUCCGUUCCGACGCGUGUUCGCGGGACUCCGUGGUGCGCCGAUCCCGGUUGAAAAAUACUAUACACGAGGAGUCGGUCGGACGCGUAAAACGUGAGUACAAUACCGUCCGGUCGGGCGAAACACGAUAAUUCGAGACGCCCGUAGACGCGACUGCGUGGUAAGGGGAUGGGGGUGGGGGUCUUGCAUCUUAUUUCGUCCGCCGUCCGAAAAACGGAAGUUCGGCGGCGAAAGUCACUUUUCAGAGCCCGCGGUUUUCCACCGACACCGAACGGCGUACCUCCCGACGGACGGCCGGAGACGGUCUCCGGUUGCUCCGGUCGGCGGUCGGGUUCGGUCCGCCGCCGUUCUUGUAACACGCGGCCGAACAACCUCGCGGGAUCCUCUGCUCACAUCACCUCUCCCCCCCCUCCCCCCGAAAAGCCCCCAACAAGACGCGUUUUGUAGUGGGCGUAGCGUAAAGUUAUGCGUGUCCGUAACCGAUUGAAAAUACAAAUUAAACACCUAAUAUGCGGACAACGCGUGCGCGUGUAAGCAAUUGAAGGAAGUUAAGAGUUACGAUACAUUUUUACACAAAUAAAACGUGUUGUUUGUUCGAGUAUUGUGUGUGUCGUACAAGGGGCGUUACGGGGAUGUUGCCUCUGCGGGGCUGCGACGUGUCUACAGUUUUAUCACCCCCUCCCCACCCCCGGAUUGGCGGUCUAGUUGCGCCCGCGAAGACGCCCCCUUCCCACCCAGUAUACCUAACAACCCCCCCCCCCCGUUCACGAACGACUUAAUGGUACGAAAUAAGAAUUCCUACGUGGCUCCGCAUCAAGUUUCAAACUACUGAUUACGUUUGAGUCAAAUUGCUGCAUGAGCAGUUCUGUCUGUCCGCGUGGAAAAUUUCCUCGGCCAUGGAUCGUUUCCCGAGCGGUUUUCAUUGAAAAAUUGCGGAAAACCGGGGGAGAAAAACAGCCGAAUACGACCGGGCGUUACCCGGUUUCAUAUUUUGUUUUCAAAUUUUUGGUUUUUAUUUUAUUUUUUUUCCUACCGGAAGUCCGAAUAUUUCAUAAGAGCGCCCCGUUUUCCGAAUGAAAUAUUUGUUUAUCGGGCGGGGGCAACGUGAGAGAGUUUAUGGAAACGACGGUUUCAUUAUUUUCAGGUUUUUUUUUUUUUCCUAUCAAAUAACUUCCAUCUGGCCGGCUUGAGACCUACAACGGUACGUACACACACUCGCCGGCAGUAUCGGAUCUUUUUCCAUCCUCGUGUAGUUCGCUGUUCGUUUCUUUGUUUUUUUUUUUUUAUUCUCGAACACGAAGCGCGUUGGUCUCUCCCCGUCAGUACCCGGCCGACGGACUCUCGGUUAUUUUAAUACGCCCAACCGUGUACGAUUUAUUCCCGGAAUCGACGCCGGCGCGAUAACAUUGAAUUAUUGCGACGACAGUCGAAACCCGACGUUUAUCACCAGUAUAGACCGCAGGCAUAAUGGACCGAAUGAUUGUGUCCGCAACGGACCGAUUACGUUUGUAACGUCCGCGUAAGAAAAACGAAUCGGAUAAAAACGCCGAUAAAAAUUGCGUUUGGGUCCGUCGUACCGUUUUUAUCGUCGCGAAGAUAAUAAUUAAAAAAAAUCCGAACGAACGAGUAACCCGUGGUUUUUUUUUGUUGUUGUUAUUAUUUCGUGUCGAACACGAGAAAAUCAAACGCGCCCAGCUAACGUUACGGACGCCGAAUAGCAAUUCGUACAGACGCCCCGGGCGAGUAACGAUUUUUUUUUUUUUUUUUUAUUCCGCGCUCAUUCCGCGCGCCCCCACGCGAUAACGACAAACGACGGUUCCGGAUUUCCGCGUCGUCGUUACAACCGUACAAUUGUUGCGUUUUUUUUUUUUCAUCCGCAGAAUGGUUCCGGCCGCGACCAUUUUACUGCUUUGGACGUGGACGUUGGCGAGCUUCACCGACGGGCUGGACAACGGACUGGCGCUGACCCCGCCGAUGGGAUGGCUCGCGUGGCAACGGUACAGGUGCAUCACGGACUGCGAAACGUACCCGGACGACUGCGUCAAGUUAGUACGGUUUCGCUGAACGAACAACCAAACGACGUCCGUAGAUUCGUUUCGGACGGCCCCGCCCCGUCGACAAUCAUUGUUACGUUGCUCCCUUAACGACUCCCCCCCUCCCCCCCGGGGGGGCCAAAGUCGAUGCCAUUAAAGCGGUUCUUUUUUGUUUUUUCCCCUUUGUCAACGCGACUGAACGCUAGCUGGCCACCGGUUUCCAAAUCAAAAUGUUUACGCUUUCGCCCGCAGCCCUACGUUUUUAUGAUAGAUCCGCGAAUCCGGCCUCGUUUCGUUCUCGGUAACGUCAAACCGUUGUACGAACAUCUGACGUGCCGCCCGACGGUGGCGCGUUUGGGGUUUCGCCGUGCGGGAUGACACUGAACUCUGACACGUAUUUCAUAGUAAUAUGCGCCUACCUACAAUAUUAAAUCUAUACAAUUUUUAUGACAGCGAUUUGUUAAUACUAUUAAUCGUUGAAAUAUUAAAGCAAUUAUUAUUAUUAAUUAGCCAAUCAAUUUUACGUAAACUGUUCUGAAAAUAAGGAAACGAAGAAUAUCGUUUGUAUCAAAGUGGUUCGGAUCGGUUUCGGUUUUUGACGAGGAAACGUACUUGCUGUUGUUUUUUUUUUUGAUUCAUUUACAUUGUGCCAACACGUUUUUGAUUUUUCUGACGAAGAGGUAGGAAAUUCGAAUUUAAAAAAUUGGUAUACGUUCGAAUAAUGGCUUCCAAAACAAACGUCAAUGGGGAAACUUAUAUCCACAUCUUAACGCCGCUGGUACCCAACAACAUAUUAUGUCAACUGAUUUAGGGAUGUUUUAGUCCGAAAUCUGAAUUCGAAGAGUAUGUAUACACGGAUUCGAGCUUUUCAAUAAAAGUUGUUUAUUUUUUUAACCGAGCAAUAUUCAAAAUGGCUAGUGAAUAAAAAAUGUACAAUUUUUUUCAUUAAUUGAUAAUAGCCAACUAUUUAAAAUACAAUCUUUACUGUGUACUAUUUAUGAACUGUCUUCACUAAACAUCAUAUAGGUUGAUUAAACAAAUAUGCCGAUAAACUACAGAAACAAUUUGAAUUAGAAUAAUACAAAUAUUAACAUUUCCAAUGAUUACCCUAAUAAGUUUCUUUUUGACAAUUAAAAUUGUUCACAGUGAAAAAUUGUUUAUGCAAGCAGCAGAUUUAUUGGUUAGUGAAGGUUACGCAGAAUUGGGCUAUAAAUAUGUCAUUGUUGAUGACUGCUGGUUAGCCAAAAACAGAUCGGCCGAUGGGAAAUUAGCAGCAGACCCGAUCAGGUUCCCAAGCGGUAUUAAAGCAUUAUCAGAUUAUGUGAGUACUCCUGAAAUAUUGUUGAUUUUUAAGUUAAAUUAAUUCAAUCGCAAUGGUUUGCCAAUAGGUGCACGGUAAAGGUCUUAAGUUUGGGUUAUAUGAAGACUGGGGCACUAAAACAUGUGCAGGAUAUCCAGGUGUCUUGGGACACGAAGAGUUGGACGCAAAAACAUUUGCCGAAUGGGAUGUAGAUUAUGUUAAACUGGACGGUUGCUAUUCAAAUGUUAGAAAAAUGGAUAAAGGUAACAUUCAAUAAUAAAUAUAGAAAGUCUUUAAUGUUCAUAUCAAUUACCUGUACUAUAGGAUACCCUGAAUUCGGAAGACAUUUAAACAACACGGGGAGACCAAUGGUGUAUUCUUGUAGCUGGCCUGCUUAUCAAGAAGAAAAAGGAAUGCUGGUAAGGGUGUAUGAACUCAAUAUAUUAAUGUUAAUAUCUACUAAGAAAAACUGUUUUAAUUUCAUUAUCAGAUUAACUACGCCUCGAUGGCUAAACAUUGCAAUCUUUGGCGUAACUACGAUGAUAUUGAUGAUUCGUGGGAAAGUAUGAUUAAAAUAGCAGAUUAUUUUGCACAAAAACAAGAGUUUUGGGCAAAAUAUGCUGGACCUGGACACUGGAAUGAUCCUGACAUGGUAAAAAUGUGUGACUAAAGAAUACAGAUAUGUAUUUUGAAUGUUUAUUUUUUAGCUUUUAAUCGGUAACUUUGGGUUGACAUAUGACCAAAGCAAAACACAAAUGGCAAUUUGGGCUGUGUUAGCCGCGCCAUUACUCAUGUCUAAUAAGUUAAAAGAAAUUCGCCCAGAGUUUAAAGAAAUUUUACAAAACAAAGAAAUUAUUAAGGUCAAUCAAGAUGCUCUUGGUAUACAAGGCACUAGAGUGUUUCGGGUGCGAUUGUUUUUCAGUAAUUAAAUUCACAUUUAUACAAAUUAAAUAUUAAUAUAAAUGCUUUUUAGGACAAGGGUAUCGAUAUUUGGUCUAGACCGAUUGAACCAGUUUACAGUGGAUACUAUUCUUAUGCAGUGGCAUUUGUAAGUCGCCGUGUAGAUGGUGCUCCUUAUCCGUACAACAUAACAUUAGAAGAUUUAAAUCUAACUAAUCCUAAUGGCUACAAAGUUAUUGUAAGUGUUAAUAUUUAUUUAAAUUUGUAUUACGCAAUAUUGUAUAUUUACAUUAAUCAUUUAUCUAUAACAUAAUUGUAUUAUGUAUUUAAGUAAUUUAUUAACUGUGUGAUUUUAGAAUCUUUUUGGAAAAGAAAGAGAUUUAUCUUGUACUUUUAGUCCAAAUUCUACAUUGAAAGUUCGAGUCAUUCCUUCAGGUAAUAAUAUAUUUUUUAUUUUGAAAUAAAACUAAGGGAUCUGUAGUGUUAAAUGCUGUUAUUAACUUUUUGAUUAAAACAUCAUAGGUGUUGUUUUCUUGAAGAUUAAAUCAAUUUACCCAGGAGACCAGGAAAAUUCAAUUCAAUCAUGUGAGGAGUACAACAAAAAGUAUUUCUACAAAUAAUAUAUUAAAAUAUCUUCAACACGAAACAAAUAAAUAUUAAGCUUUAGGCUGUAAAUAUAAAUAUUUAUAUAUAUAAAAACUUGUUGGCUCAAUAAAAAAUUAAAAUAUACAAUUUGUUCAGGAUGGAAGUAAAUUAACAAUAAGUAACUAAACAAAUCUGAUUUAUUUAUUUAAGUUUUAAGAUACAUUAUAAAUAUAUGAUUUAUUGUUUAUGGUAAUUGUCACAAUCAAAGUUCUUACUUGUUUCAUAUUUCUGGCACAUUGGAAUUCUCCGGCGAGUACAUUGCC